AUGAAUAGUUGGUUGGGUUCAAAUCAUGCAGCCGACGAGCAGCCGUUGAGCAACCAUUACGCCGGCUGGUCGUCGACAGCUGCUAGUCCGAGUAAUCAACAAUCACCAGGCCGUCGAGAGCAUGCGGUACAGCCACCUUUGUUGACUACGGCUUUGAGCGGCCCUCAGUAUCAGGGUCUUGCGGCUGGUCUGGGGUUAACGCCGACGCCUUUAUCGUCUACUUCGCUUUCAAGCCCUUUUACCCACGGCCAGUCGCCUUGCGUUCCGUCACCUAUCAACGGAAGAUCUGUUUCGUCUUCGUCGAUGGCGUCCAGGAAUGCAUACAAUGUACCGUACAACCCUCAGGACUGGGGGCCGCCUGGUAGGCCCUCGGCACAGGGCUAUCUUCAACCUGGAGCUAUGCAUAGGGUGACACCGCAGAGGAGUGAGAAUUCAGAAGUUCCGGUGUCCCCACCACCACCUCCAUAUUCACCUCCCAGCAACCAAAAUCGAGCACCGCAAGACUUUGCUGGGCCAGCAAACCCUCAAUAUGCUGCAACUCCUUCUCCGCCUAACACGAGAGAAGGUGAGUUCGACAUGCCUGCUCAGUAUCAAAGACGUUCGAACCGCCCACGGCCUCUAUCCAUGGUAUAUCCAUCUAAUACGGAGGCUCAUCGUCAGUCUCUGCCUCCUCCGCCUCCUCCACAGGGAGCCCAAGGGGGUAGGUCCGUAUCUCAAAACCGAUCUGAGUAUCAGGGUAUCCCUUAUAAUGCUACAUCAAAUCAUAGACCUAGGAUGUCGUCAUAUGACCAGGGCUAUAAUGAGCAAAUAUCGGUGACACCAGCCCACUUGGAGACACCGUCUCGACCCCCUGCAUCUCGAAGAGCCGCAUCUGCCGGGGCAGUGCCGAGUAGUGCAGGCUCAUCGAGAACAGGAAGUCAGACGAGAAAUCGAUCGCCUUCGGCGAAUAGUAUUUGGGAACCCGGUAUGCCGCUUCCACCGCCGCCUCCUGGGCCCCCGCCUACCACAAGGUCCGUCAGCGUGAGCGGAUCAUCAGAGUCAUCCAUGAGAACGCCUCAAGGGUCUGCUUCUGCUGGUCGGACAAGGAGAGCACCGCCCGUACUAGGCACAGGACUGGGAAGUAUCCCACCCACGCCAGCAGACUGGAUCGACGAGGGAUAUCUGAACAGCCGACCAACGGAGGCCUUAUAUGUCGAUACAGUCAAAGCAGCCAAAGCACCAGAACCAUCGGAAAACGAUCUUCAUAACACAGCCAACCAACGAACACCUGGGAGCGGAGGUCUUUUCCGCAGUUCUGCUGUGCGCGACCCGAGCGCCAAGGGUAUCCGUGAAAGACGAAUCGAGCGGCGAAAUCGUCAAAGCCAGGUCUAUGAAGAUGUCGCCAGCGCGGUAUCCACAAGUGGCAACCCAUGGGCCGAUGCACUCGAGCAGAUCAAACCCUCAAAUCUCAUUCUCCCAGACCAAAACGCCAGCCCGGAUCAGGCCCAGCAUCCGAAAUCCUCCAGACACACACCUCGUACCACGCGCAGUAUUGGCUCAGAAGGUCAGCGAACUGCAUCGCGGUCACGAGCAGGCUCCACUGGUCUGUUUUCAGAUCAAUCAUCCUAUGGUACUCCCAAACAAGAACCCAGUUCUGCUGGCGCUGGUCCCGCUGCGGCAUUUGCACACACGCCUCCGUUCUCGCCAAAUGGAGAAGGCUCUUCUGGCUACCCAAAAGAGGCAAGCCAAGCGAUUCCACCAAAGGCUUUGCCAACUCCUCCUCUUAACUCUGGUAAAGAGGCCAGGCAACGCUCUCGUUCUCGUGCCCCGUCACGAGGAGCCGAAGACCGUCCCAUCUCGCACAUUCUUCAUAUGCCUAACGAUGCUUUAUCCAUGAUGAAGCCAUUGUCACCGCGUCGAACUCCCGUGCACCAAACGCAGCAAGCGUCGAUGGAAGCGGUUAUCAAACAAGACCCUACCUUCUUGCAGGAUGCCAUGGAACGACACAAGGCCUUUAUCGAGAAAGAGUCUAUUGCUGUAGAUGAGACUGAAGCGCUUAAGACCUUUGCCGACUAUAUCCUUGCCGAAUCUCAGAUCCGGCGCCAGCGAUAUGCGAAGGUUUGGGAAAAUUUCCAAGUUGAUGACGUGCGCCGAAAUCUGUUCGAGUUGCCGGCUGUCCAGCCAUCAAAGACGAAGCCUCAGCCAAAGUUGGAGAUACCUUCCAACCGAGCUGGCCGGCCCGAGUCUGCUUGGUGGAAUAAUUACCAGCCAUGCCUGUCACCGAUUGCUAGUCUCAACAUGAGCAAUGACGAGAUGAGUUCUCGGGGCCGUGCACCAAGCCGUUGGUGGGAAUCCAAAACUGGUUCUAGCAGUGAGGGUGGGGAGAGGAGGGUUCAACGAUCCAAGCGGGAAUCCAAGUAUAUGGGCUUGCCUCGGGAGGCGAUGCAGUGGGACCAGGAGUUGACGCCCUCUCAGCCCAAAGACGUGAGUAUGAAUUAUGAGAAUACGGAAUAUGGUCCCGAUGAGUAUCCACCUGAGAAAGUCGGAUGGCAUGAAGGCUCUCCUGCCAACUCUACCAGUACUGGAUAUCAGUAUCCGGAAAGCCGCAGAUUGGAUGUUUCGCGCUUGAUUACACUGCCUCCGCCUUAUCCUCGUCAUCACCCUGCUGUGAAUAAUAGCCAUCCCGACCUCGUCGCCCAUCGGACUACAGUCCGGUCUAUUUCUGACCUGACUGAGAUAAAGACCACCAGACAUCGGUACAAAGCCGACGUGGAGCGGAUGGUUCAGGAACAUCAAGUGCAAGUGGACGAGGGUCAUCGCCACUUCAAAUCCAAUAUCCAAAGCCAGAUCCAAGAAGGAAGCCUCACAUUUGCCGAGGCAGCAGAAGCGGAGGCAGCGAUGAUCGCCGGGGAGAACGACCGCGAAAGAGCGAUGGUAAAACGUCAACUCGAUACAUACCAAGAGAUUGUUCUGAAGCCAAUACAUGUCAUACUCGCCGAUAGGAUCAGCAAAGCAACAGCCGGAAUCGACAAACUAAGCAGCAUGCUAUUCGAUGAUGCCCAGCGUGACACACCAGACUCAACCCAGGAAGAAGGCGACGAAAAGCCCGAACUUCUUGAGAAACUGACGCAAUUGAAAUGGCUCUUCGAAGCCCGCGAACUGCUCCACCGCGAAUUAUUCGAUUUGGUCAGUGACCGCGACGACAAGUACAAAGCUGUCGCACUUCUGCCGUACAAGCAGACCAAAAACGACGACAAGCUGCGGGAGACACAAGCGUUCUUUGCCCAGGAUGCACUGGAUAGACGCGUUGAGUACGAGAACGAGUCACUCGCCCGACUUGAGUCGUUCCUGAAUGUCAUCGAGCAGAACGUCGUGCGAGGCGUGGAGGUGCAGCUAUCUGCUUUCUGGGAUAUUGCUCCAUCGCUCUUGGCGCUUGUGCAGCAGGUUCCCGAGGAUCUGCGUGGAUUCCAAGUACAGAUUCCGGCAGAUGAGUAUGAUGAAAACCCGAGCUACCACUCUCACCCGCUGCAGUAUCUAUACACGCUGCUAUCGCAUGCCGAGAAAUCGAGUUACCAGUUUAUCGAGUCGCAGACGAAUCUGCUUUGUCUGUUGCAUGAAGUGCGGUCUGCUGUGAUGCGAGCAAAUCGCAAUCUCCUUGAAGCGGAGCGCAUUAAAAGAGGGGAGACCAAGGAAAAUGUGCGUCGUGAGAUGGAGCUGACUCGUGCUGAUGAAGAGCUGGCUCUUACGACGGAUCUCAAGGAUAAAGUGGCUACUGUUGAGGGUCAAUGGACUGAGGCGUUGGGGAGUCAGAUUGUGGGACUCCGGGAACGGGUGAAGGAACAGCUUGUGAGUGAAGAUGGAUGGGAGGAACUGGAGCAAUUGGAGGGAUAG